GAGCAGAAGGAGGUCAUGCGCCUGCUGGAAUCCGGCGACCUCUUCCGCUACAACCGGGAAGACGCGAACUCGACCGUGUCCCUCGUGGAGAAGCAGCUGGCCGACUACAUGGGCUUCAAGUACUGUGUCGCGCUGAACUCGUGCGGCUCGGCCCUGUUCCUGGCGUGCCUGGCCGCGGGCGUGAAGCAGGGCACGAAGGUGCUGGGGAACGCCCUGACGUUCGGGGCCGUGCCCUCCGCCGUGCACCACGCGGGCGGGGAGUUUGUCUUCGUGGAGAGCACCCGCGACAUCGUCAUCUCGGUGAAGGCGGUGUGCGACGCGCGCGGGAUCACCAUCAUCGAGGAUUGCGCCCACGCGUUGGGCGUGUGGUGGGGCGACACGCACACUGGGCACCACGGCAAAGUCUGCUGUGUUUCCUCGCAGUCCUACAAGAUUAUCAACUCAGGCGAGGGAGGCUUUGCGCUCACCGACGACGAUGACAUCGGUGCGAAGAUCUGCAUCAUGGCCGGCGGGUAUGAGGCGAACUUCAAGAAGCACAUUUGCGUUCCGCCAGCCGAAGUGUUCAGCAGGUUAGUGCCACAGCGGUUCCCAAACUACUCCGUCCGCAUGUCCAACCUCAGCGCGUCGGUGUUGCCCUGUCAGCUCACCUCCCUCGAGGAGCGCAUCAGGGAUUCCAACGCGAAGUACAACCUCCUGUCUAGUCGCUUCGUGAACGAGGUCGCGGCCACGAUGGGCGACAAGGUCUCCAUCUACACCCCCCAGCUUCCGAAGUGCGUGCGCCCGUGCUUCGACAGCCUCCAGUUCAUCGCGGACCUCCCGGCAGCCACCCGGGACGCCUUCAUCGCCAACGCGAAGGCGCGCGGCGUGCCCCUCAGCAUCUUCGGCGCGAAGGGCAACGCGCGCAAUUUUACCGCGUGGGAGUUCUUGGGCGCGGCGCACGUGCAGGAGGGCAUUGCGAAUUGUCCGUCCACCGCGGCGAUCGUCCUGAUGGCCUACGACGUGAGGAUCCCUCCGCAGUUCUCGAUGGCCGACACGGAGGCCAUCUCUGACGUCCUGGUGGUCUCUCUGCGGGAG